AUGCCCAGGAUCCCAGCAGCUCCGGCCCCCAGCCCCACGGAGCAGGGUCCCGGGACCCCCCCGCCCCCCCGCCCCCACCGCGCCCUCGCCGGUCCCGGAGGACGGAGCCAGAGCCAUGGUGGACGCCCCCCCGCCGCGGGCGGUCUGAGCGCCCCCGGACCCCCGCGGGACACCCCGACAGGGCAGGGGCAGGGGGCGCGGGGUCCCCCGCACCGGCCCCCCUCCCGCCCCCGAGAGGACUGCGUGGAAGAGCCGGGCGGGGGGGAGGGGGGCGGGCAGAGACCAGCCGCACCAAGCCCGGACCCCCCCAGCCAGGACCCGUUAAUUGCGCCCGAUCCGGACGUCGAGAGGUUCCUGGAGGAGCCCCCUCUCCCCGGACCCUCGGACCCCCCUCCCCCCGGACCCUCGGACCCCCCAAUGGCUCGGACGGCGCUGCCCGCACCUUCCGGAUGCCCGCGGUGGUGGUGGCUGGCAUUGAGCCUGGCAGCCGCCCUCCUGCCGGGGCUGCCCGCCCAGCUGGUCCAGGUGAACGACACGGUCUCCGGCUUCGUCGGCUCGGACGUGGUGCUGCACUGCAAUUUCGCCAACCCACUGCCCAAUGUGAAGAUCACCCAGGUGACCUGGCAGAAGGCCAACAACGACACCAAGCAGAACGUGGCCAUCUACAACCCAGCUAUGGGUGUGUCAGUGCUGUCGCCCUACAAGGAGCGCGUGGUCUUCCUCCGCCCCUCCUUCACCGACGGCACCAUCCGCCUCUCCCGCCUUGAACUCCGGGAUGAGGGCGUCUACAUCUGCGAGUUCGCCACCUUCCCCACGGGCAACCGGGAGAGCCAACUCAACCUCACCGUUCUGGCCAAACCGACCAAUCACAUGGAGGGGACGCGGAAGGCGCUAGUGGCCAAGGCCAGCACGACGGACAAGAUCCUGGUGGCCACCUGCACCUCGGCCAAUGGGAAGCCUCCCAGCACGGUGUCCUGGGACACCCGGCUCCGGGGCGAGGCCGAGUUCCAGGAGGUGCGGCAUAGCAAUGGCACCGUGACCGUGGUCAGCCGCUACCGCCUGGUGCCCAGCCGCGAGGCCCACCACCAACCCCUCACCUGCGUCGUCAACUACCAGCUUGACCGCUUCACCGACAGCCUCACCCUCAACGUGCAGUAUGAGCCCGAGGUGACCAUCGAGGGCUUUGAUGGAAACUGGUACCUGAAACGCAUGGAUGUGAAACUAAUCUGCAAGUCGGAUGCCAACCCCCAAGCCACCAAGUACCAGUGGCGACUGCUGAAUGGCUCGCUGCCCGAGAACGCGGAGGUCCAGAACAGCACCCUGUUCUUCAAGGGACCCGUCACCUACAGCCUGGCGGGCACUUAUGUGUGCGAGGCCACCAACAUCAUCGGCACACGCUCGGGCCAGGUGGAGGUCAACGUCACAGAGUUCCCCUACACCCCGUCUCCAACCGAACAUGGGAAGCGAGCGGUGCCCGGGUUCCCGACGGCCAUCGUAGGGGGCGCGGUGGGGGGCGUCCUGCUGGUCCUGGCCGUGGCGGGCGUCCUCUUCGCCAUCUUCCGCCGCCGCCGUCACACCUUCAAGGGCGACUACAGCACCAAAAAGCACGUGUAUGGGAACGGCUACAGCAAGGCGGGCAUCGCGCAGAACCACCCACCUGCUGCCCAGAACCUGCAGUACCCCGAAGACUCGGACGACGACAAGAAGCCCGGCCAGCUGGGGGGCAGCAGCUAUGACGAGGAAGAAGAAGAGGAGGAGGAGGUGGGGGGAGGCAACGGUGGGAAGGGCGGUGCUGGUGGGGGGCUGCACCCCAAACUCGACGAUGACACCAAGAGGCCCUACUUCACCGUGGACGAGGCAGACGGACGCCCGGACGGCUAUGGGAACCGGACUCUUGGCUACCAGUACGACCCAGAGCAGCUGGACAUGGCCGAGAACAUGGUGUCUCAGAAUGACGGGUCUUUUAUUUCCAAAAAAGAGUGGUAUGUGUAGCCCCCAUCACCACCCCACCCCUGCCUCUCAGGGCGGGCCGUCUCCUUCUCCCGCACGCACUCCCCCACCCCCUGACGCCCCCCACCCCUGACCCUGCUCCACCAGAGACCCUCUGGGACCCUCCCGGGGGCGGGGAGAGAGGAGGGAGAGAGAUGAGCCAGGCGCCUUGCUUUCUUUUUGACCUCCUUUCCCCGGUGACUCUGUUACUCCCCUGCCUCCCCCACCGUGAUGUUGUGUUCAAUUGUGACUUUGGUGUUCACUUUGCUUUUUGACUACUGCCCACACCUGGUAUCCCGGAGCCCACCCGUGUCUUUCUGUGCCCCCCUCCCCGGGGGCGGCGGGAGGGGCCCGGACCUCUCUCCCCACCCCAAAGGCCCCGAACACUGGAAUUUGUUUGUUUGUUGUCUAAUUUCCGUGGAGGUCAGUUUCCCUCCCUCUUCUUCCCCUCUUGGGGGAAGGGGUCACCGCAGUUUGGGGAAGGGGCAAGGUCAAAGGGGCAAGAGAGGAGGAGAAACGGGAAUGGGGAACCCGGGAGGUUUAGUUGGGGCCGGUAGAAAGAAGAGAGAGCUACCCCGGGGUUAAGUGGUUCACUCCGGCCCCUCUUCUCGGCCUCAGUUUCCCCAGGAGUUGGGGAGGGGCCUAGCAGGAGACUGAGACAUAUAGACACACACACAUGCGUGCACUGGAGCCCCAGACCCCUACCCUGCCUGGCUGAAGAGGCAACCCUAGGUCUGCCCCAGACCCUUCCCCACCCCAAGGUCUAGUAGACCCCGGGGGUGGGGGACUGCCCUUCCUAGCCUCUGGGGACCAGCGCCUCUAGCACUGAAGCUGCUUGACCUUAUCUCCAAAGCCCCCUCUUCCCCGCUACCUCCUCGCUGACUGUUUCCUUGGUUGGGGGAGGGGACGGGGUGAGAGGGAGAUGGAGACCUGGGCAAAUAGCCCAGGGACCAGGGUAGACGAGGGGGUGCUUGCCCAGUGCCCCCAUCCCUACCCCUCAAAGGGAUCCCAAGGGGGGAUCCCAAGCCCUCCAAGGAUGAGGGAGGGGGGAGAUUGCUAGGGCUGCUGGAAGCCACGGGAAAUGGAAGAGAAGGGGCAGCUCCUCCCUGGAGGAGGAAGGAGAACAACUAGCCCUGACCCCUGACCCCUGCCCCUUGGAGAGAGCUACAGUUGGGGCAUGCCAGCCUUGACCCGGCACCUUCAACUCCUGGUCCAAAGCCAAGGCCUGUGAAGUGUAGCUGUUGGGAUCCUGUGAUCCCCAGGGUGGAUUCGGGCAAUCCAGUCCACCCAUUGGUCAAGGUGGAGGGGCUCCUGCCCCCUCCUCUGCCAAGGGGUCCAACAUCCUCAACCCCUCCGCCUCCCCAUUCCCGUACCUGGCCGUCUCCGUAGAAGGGGUGGGGUAGGAACAGGUGUGAUCCGUCCGGGCGACCCUCCUCUCCCCGUCUACCACUCUGGAUCUCUCUUUAGGGUGGGCGGGGUGGCUGAGAGGCACAGGACACCGGGCUCCCUCCGGUGAAAGCACGGGCUCCUGACCCUGCUUCCCCAGGCCCCCAGUCCCAAAUGCUGCUACUUUCCAAGAAAGAGCCCCCACCCACAAAAGCCCUUUCGUCCCCCCAACUAUCUCUCAUCAGUGAGAGGCUGGAGUCAGUGUCCGGACCUUGACGGACUCACGCCCUCUCUUUGCUCGCCCCCUCCCCCCACUCUCCGUGGCCCAGUAGCCAUGUAGCAGACACCUGAAGCCACUCUGGCCCGGGGCUGGCUCCCCCCACCCCGGGUGAAAAGGCCCGUGAUCGUGGGGGAUAGAGAUGGAGGGCCGGACGGGUGGAGAGAGGGGAGAAGCGAAGCCGGGGUUGGACGAGAAGGCUGCCAUCCGACCCCACCCCUCAAUGGGAUUAACGUUUCCCCUCGCCCCCAGCCUCAAAGACUCAGUGAGGGCCCUUUGGUCCCCAGGGAGAUGGCUGGUCCCCGCCACCACCAUGAACUCUGCCAAAACCUGGCGGCCCCUUCCCAAUCCCCCCACUCUCCCCCGGAGCAAAGCACAUACAGCAGAGCACAAGGCCUGUCCCAGACUCUGACCCCCUUUCCCCACCGCCCCCCCGGCAUCUGUGUCUCGCGCUCCCCCAGGCUGGAGAAUCCCGGGUGACCCAGCGGCGCUCCCCAGGCAGCAGAGAAAGCAGGCGGGGGGCAGUGCCAGAUGGGGCACGGCAGUUGGAAAAUCGACAGCCCCUUUGGCCCUGGGCAGGGGUCGCGGUACUUUCCAGGCCUCAGAACCAGGGAGGACAGGGCUGCCAACCGGCUGGUGCCGGCUGAUACAAGGUGGGGGGAUGGGGGGGCAUCCCAGUCAGCCAAACCCCUCGCCAUCCCAACCUGCCUGCCGCAUACAGGGAAGCCCCCAGCCCCCAACCAUCGUUGCUGCUGCUGCUGCUGCUGAUGUUCCUGCAGCAAAUUAAAUCGAUUCGGGAGCCGUUUGCCUUGCAGACGGCCCAGCUGUUUCCCUGCCGGAAUCCUCCCCACCCUGCCACUCUCCCAGCUUAUUUUCCUUAAUUACAGAUUCUGAUAUCAUGUUUACUCUGCCCUAAAAGCAUCUGAUCUCCCUUUUGUACCAAAUGAUACCAGCUCAGAUCCAGCACACACACACAUACACACAGACACACAUUCCAACGCUUAGAACAGUGGCUGGCACAUAUUAAGCGCUUAACAAAUACCAUCAUCAUCACACACACACACACACACAUACCCCCACAGCGUCCUCGGCCCAAAGCAGGCCCGGAACCUGCGCUUAGCCAGGAUUGGAAGGCCCAGCGGGCAGCAAGGGGGGUGGCUCCUCCACACGCACUCUCCCGGGACCCCCAAGAGUCCAAAGCUCUACUUUGUAAGGGGAAUGGGGGCGGUACUGCCAUGGGGGUGGGCUCGGGCGAGGCAGGGAUGACCCAGCAUCCAGGUCCCAGCAUUCCUCGCCCGCUGCCUGGCACAAGCCUGACUUCUGCAGGGACAGUGGUCUGGCAGCGGGCACAAGGCCCAGGAGAUGGGCACAGUGGGGCAGGCCUGCUGGAAGAUGGACUUUGAAAGCUGUGUGGCAGGAAGGUGGCCUGAGUGAUGGAGACACCCCCCACCCCAAUCCCCCACCUCAUCCCACCCCCAACCCUGUCUUUCCCUGUCCGGGUCGUGGCGGCCCUGUUUGGCAUAUCCAUGAGGCGCAUAAUUCCCCAGGCUCUCUGACCCUUUUGGGGUACAGACAGAGGGGGCCUCCCGUCCUUCCAGCACUUGGUUUCGGAGUCUCCCCGCUCCCAGCCCCCAACUCGGCCGCUGUAUUUGAUCGUCCUUGCUUUCCUGGCUGGGGAUUGGGGGGCGGUGAGGAGAACCAGACACUGGGAAGAGGAAUGAGAGACUGGGAAAGGGGAAGGUGUUGUGAUUUUUUUGUUAAAAAAAAAAAAGAAAAAAAAGCAGGAUAUUUCCCUCCCUCCCUCCCAAUUGUACUUGGCCUUUAUUUCUUCCCUUUGGUUUCUAUGGAAUGAAUUGUGUUAGAAGGGUACACUCUGGUCAGAAUGGGGAGGGUUGUGUCACACACCUCCCUCUCCCCCUUGUAAAAAAGAACCCUAAAAAAUGUACUUUUUUAUAAAUAAAGACUUUAAAA